GUGGGGUGCUGUCCCAGCUACAAAAAGCCUCGCACCCCGACCCUUCUCCACCUGUCUGCAUCUUCUCCCGACUCGACGUCGUCGUUGCAGGGAAGAAGAAGCGGGUGAGAAAAACUUCUGUUUCCACCGUCUUGCCCAUUUCUGCAGACUUGUUCCGAGGCCGAGAAAAGAUGGGGCCACAUCUUCUGGGACGUUCUUCUCUUCUGUUAUUGCUGCUGGGAAUGUGGUGGUCAGUGCGUCCACUUUGUGCUGUGCCACGAGGUCUCACAAAGGCUCGCUGGUUUGAAAUUCAGCACAUACACCCAAGUCCUCUCCAAUGCAACACGGCAAUGCGUGGUGUCAAUAACUACACUCGGCAUUGUAAACCUACAAACACCUUUCUGAACAGCUCCUUCCAAGAUGUGACUGCUGUCUGUAAUUUGCCCAACAUCACCUGUAAGGAUAACCUAACGACGAACUGUCACCAGAGUUCAAACCGUGUCAACCUGACUCAGUGCAGUCUCACUGCGGGAAGCUAUCCUAACUGCAGCUACAGUAACAACUUCCAAUACAAGUUCUUCAUUGUCGCCUGUGACCCUCGUCAGAAGACCGACCCCCCUUAUCCUUUGGUUCCUGUACACUUAGAUAAGGUUGUUUAAAGAUCACUUUGCUUCUUGCUCAGCACAAAUUCUCUUAUGAUCUCCUCUGAUUUUCUUGUCUUUUAUUGAUUUUCCUGGUUCCCAUAGAAGGAAAAAGGAGAGUAUUGGAAAAAUUAGAGUGAUGAGGAUACCAGACCAGAGUUGGAACAAAAAAAAAAAAGUAAAAUUCUUUUCUGCUUUGGAGCUCUGUGUUUUGAAGGAAGGUAGUAGAUAAAAGGGUAAAGGAGGGUCCAGACCUCCAUAUUUUUAACCUUAGGAAUUUGGCCAACGCUUGCUGUAUUGUGUUCAGAGCAAUAAAACCAUUUUUCGUUGCAUUAUAA